AUGACCUCCCAUGACGAUCGCAUGCACGAUGUAGUUCACGGCGGCUCUCAUACGCCUGCUCCUCCUCCACACAUUCCCCUCCAGCCUUCUGUCCUUGAUCGCCUCGAUCCAGCGUUCAUCAAGUUGUACAACACACAUAUUGCCAAUGGUCCUGGUUGGUCCACCGACCUCAACAUUUUGCGACAGAAUUACUCCUCCCUCUAUGCGUAUGCAAGUGCGCCUGCAACAGGCGUAGGUGGAAUUGGGGAGACCAGGGUGCCAGGAUGGAACAAAUACCCGGGCGACAUCAACAUACGUGUCUAUGUACCGCCAGGUGAAGAGCUGGGUAGGCGCAACGUGUGGCCUGUACACUUCAAUUUUCAUGGCGGAGGCUGGGCCGUGGGUGACUUGGAGACCGACGCACAUCUCUGCCAUCACAUUUGCGCCUCGGUGCCGUGCUGCGUCAUCGACGUAGAGUAUCGGCUGAUCCCAGAGUAUCCGUUCCCAGUUGGCAUUAUGGAUGGCUUCUCGGCCGUGUUACAUAUCCUGCACAAUCACAACACAUUCUCAAUUGACCCUGACAGAUUCACCCUGGGAGGAGAAUCAUCUGGAGCCACGAUUGCUUUGAUCCUCAAUCACCUGCUCCGAGAUCAUGGCAUGGGUCACAAGUUGAAGGGCGUCGUGGCUGGGACGCCAACCAUCAGCGACGUCAAGAAGUAUGCGACACCCGACAUGAGUCCCUGGCCUAGCAUGCGAGAGGCUGAAAUCGCGCCACUAUUGAACUGGGAGAAAUUGAAAUGGUUCGACACUUUCAAGUGGAUGUCUCUAGCAAGCCAAAACUCGACAAAGCCAAAAGAGCAGAAACGAGACAUAUCAUGGUUUGCUGAUGCUAUGAAGGCACCAGAUUUCCAGAGCCUGGCACCUUUGACCUAUCUUGCAACGGCCGAAGUCGACCCCUUACGGGACGAGGCUGAAGCAUAUGCGAAGAGGGUCGAAGAAGCUGGGAACACGGUCGUCAUGAAGAGAUUCAAGGGAGUACCUCAUCACUUUAUGCACAUGGAUCGCCUACUCACUCAAGGCCACGAUUACGUCCAAGACGUUAUUCAGCAUAUACGCCAGUGCCUAUACCCACGCCCACCUCAACCCCCGCCAAAACCCUCGACUCCUCCGAAAACCUGA